AUGAAGUGUGGGAUAGAAGGCGGUGCACCAAAGGGCAUGCAUGAAGGGGUGCGGUGCAGUGCAGCCCUACAAGAGGUAAAACUUCUCGGCAGUUCUUGGCUCGAGCCCAGUGUGCCUCCACGUGCAUCGCUUGGCCGGCGGUUGCCGUUUUUCUUGCUUUUCUUUUUCGAUUUCUUUUCUGCCACCUUUUCCAAAAGUGGAGUUUUGGCGUUCGGCGCCCGUUUUGACCGACAGCCGCUAUCACUCGCUCUCGUCGGCGAUCUCCAUCUCGGCGAAGGAGCCAUGCAGUGGGCAGCAGCACGCUUGCGGCCGACAUCCCAGUGGCAUGCGGCAUCCGUAGCACUGCUCUCACCACGGCUGCAUGCUGCUGCGCCUGUGCGCUGGGCGUCGUCGAAACGCGGCGGAUCGUCGAGCCGGUACAUGCAACGGCAAAAGACGGAUGUAUACGUCAAGCGGCGCAGCAAGUCCACCAUCGAUGAGGACGACGAGAUGGGCAUGGGCACAGGCGGUGCUGGAUACGUGGCGCGCUCGGCGUUCAAGCUGAUCCAGCUCGACGAUCGGUACAAGUUCUUGCGGCCGGGGCGUGUGAUCGUCGACCUCGGCGCCGCACCAGGGGGAUGGAGCCAGGCGAUCGUCGAGCGUGUCCGUCGUUCCAAAGUGGCCAAGACGCCGGUGUUUGCACUUGACCUGCUACCAGUCGCCGACAUCGACGGUGUCGCUUCCAUCCAAGGCGACUUUUUGGACGCCAAGGUACAGGCGCAGCUGAGGAAGCUCGUGGCAGAUGCAUCGGCUGCAACGGCGACUGACGAGCGCGGCUUUGUCGAUGUGGUGGUCAGUGACAUGAUGGCCAACACGACGGGCAACCCGAUCACGGAUACCGAGGCAUCCUUGGAGCUCUGUCGAGCCGCUGCGAGCUUUGCAUUCGACACGCUGCGCCACGACCACACGCCCAAGCCGGAGGAUGCGCGCAAAUCGCGGCCCCCCUCUGCGCUAGCAGCCAGCAGCUCGGUGCUGGUGAUGAAGUACUUUAUGUCUCACGAGGCCGAUGUCUUUCGCAGGGAGGUGCUCCAGCCGCACUUUCACUUUGUCAAGGCCGAAAAGAUGGACGCCAGCCGCAAGGAGUCGCGCGAGCAGUUCUGGAUCUGCAUCGGAUUCAAGGGUAGGCGGCCAGCCCAGUCGCAGGAACAAGCAGAGUUGUAG